AUGAGGAAGUCUCGGCCUUCCUCCCCUCUUCCGCCUGCCCCGGUGCAGUUGCCGAGAGCAUCAACUGCGCCGUCCACGCCCACGACUAGUACGGCUGGAACGACAAGCGACAAGGAGAACUCCAAGGACAACAGCAAGGACGCACCCCGGCCCAAGCAUAAGCGUAUCUUCUCCCUGACGCGUCAAGUGCCAGAACAAGUUGCUCCGCAUGCACCAACCGUAUCCGUUGAAAAGGAGACAGCCGCAUCUAAAAAUGGACGGGAAAAGGAAAAGGACACCGACGCCAUCAGCCCGGCAGCCCCCGACAUGACCUCCACUUCUGUGUCCACCACGAAACCGCCUCCAUCAGCGGCGCCCAGCGCGUCCCCAGCCCACGCCCCGACGCUCGCACUACUAAACGGAGAGGGAACGUUUUCACACAAGCACUCUUCCUCUCUCCCCACGACUGGAAUCCUUUCCACGCCCCCGCCAGCAGCCUCUGCCGCUCCAACAGGUCUCACAAAGACCCCGUCGCCCGAGCAGCCCCAGCACGCCCCGUCACAACCCCCGAGUGCGCGCUCGUCGACGAUCGUCGUCUCCCCCUCCCUGCCCUCGAACCUCGCCAACCUCUCUGUGGCCGAGGACGUGAGCCGGCGUUCGAGCUUCCGCCACAUGUUCCGGCGCACGAGCAAGGAGCACGACAAGAAGGACAAGGACAAGCGCACUCCGAAGAAGCACCACGCCUGGGGGCAUCACUCCAAGUGUCCCGAAAAGUGUGCCGACGCGCACUCGUCCCGCGAAGCGUUCUCGGACGAGGACAUGUCGCCCACGUCCCUGGACAGCUCUAUCGACUACGAAUCAGCCUUCAAAGCAGUCAUGCUCGAGAACAUCAAGCUGCGCGAGGAGAUUGCAGAACUGAGGCGGCGAGCCUCGCUCCCCCUUUCCACGGUCACCUCGCGCUCGAAUCACCCGCCAAACAGUUCAUACGAUAUCGGCACGACGACGGGCACAAUGCUGGACAUCGAGGCCAGCUCGCCAGGUGGACCAAUGGAGCUCGAAAAGUCCGUGAGGGAACUCACGAACGCGAUCCGCGCCGUCCCCGGGCGUAUCCUCGUCAUUGUCCUCAUUGCCGGAUUCGUGUCGAUCAUUCGGAGCUGGAAGUUUGACUCCAAGCGGUACGAGACGCACAGCAACGAGUUCAUCGCUCGCAUCGAUGUCGGUUUCGCGCGGCUCGGUCAAUCGUCGGCCAGCGGUCGUACCAUCACAUCUCCACCCUCAGCAGUUCUCUCGCCAACUCGUACGGAACAGCCCCACACGAUCCAAUGGGAAAGUUAA